CCCACAUAUUUAAAUUGAGAGGGGGUGUAGCCGAAAAUUAAUUUACAGGUAAAUGCUGAAAAUAUUCAGCACCUAAAUUACGGUCUUUUGCUUGGACGCUGCAGAACUGCCCAAAUCUUCGUACUUAAUACUUGUUAAGGUUUUACUUGUUUUGCCAUCUGAGAUCUAUAUGAGUACCACUGAAAUAACUUUAUAUAAUUUCAAAUUAAACACACAGACUCAACAGAAAAUGAGUUCCGGUUUAACACCUUAGUACUUACACAGAAUCAUAUUUGUGAACUGGACAAGACAGCAGGUUUUUAAAUGUUCAUCUACCUUAAAUUCUUCCCCUUUCCCUCCCUUGAAAGGUUUAUUACAUUGUACUCAUAAUUACAUAAUUACACUUGGCAUGACUCAUUAGCAGAAAGAAACUGGAUAUGACUGGGAUUUGUGCCUUAGUUUCCUCAUUCAGCAGAUUUUUAUGGAGCACUUAGUAUAUGGAAAGUACUGUUCUUGGGCCUAGAAAGAUACAAAAAAAAAGGACAAUCAGGCCUCUGCUUUAUAUUCUAUUAGAGAUCAGACUGGGACAUUGAUAACUACCAUAGAAUAAAUGAGUGUUGUCUUAUAUAAGAUUUGUGCCAGUGGAACCAUGAAGUUUAAAAGCUAGGCCUGUGGUUUUCCAGAUUCUUUGUCACACAAUUUGCAGUGUUGCCAUUUAAUCUUUACAGCAGCCUCUAAGGGAAAUAAUUGUCAUUCCCAUUUUACAGCUGAUAACAAAAGACUGUGAGAGGUUACAAGUGAGCAUAAAUAUAAAACCUGUACACACAGUUGUGAAGAGUGUCUUCCAGGUUUUUAUUCAUUUUUUUCCUAUCAGUUCAUUGAUAUUACUCAUCUCCAUGAUUUCAAUUUACAGCUAUAUCAGAAAUUCAUAACCAUGGGGAAUCAUGAAUGGGUUUUCAGGAGGUCUAUGGAAAAAAAGCUUUAGAAAAUCUGCGUGUAUACCUGUGUGAAAAAAUCAUAGCUGAGAGACAUUUUGAUCAUCUACGUGCAAAAAAAAUACUCAGUAGAGAAGACACUGAAGAAAUUUCUUGCCGAACAUCAAGUAGAAAAAGGGCUGGAAAAUUGUUAGACUACUUACAAGAAAACCCCAAAGGACUAGAUACACUGGUUGAAUCUAUUCGGCGAGAAAAAACACAGAACUUCCUGAUUCAGAAGAUUACAGAUGAAGUGCUGAAACUUAGAAAUAUAAAACUAGAACAUCUGAAAGGACUGAAAUGCAGCAGCUGUGAGCCUUUCCCAGAUGGAGCCACAAACAACUUCUCUAGAUCAAAUUCCAAUGAGAGUAAUUUCUCUGAAAAACUGAGAGCAUCCACUGUCAUAUACCAUCCCGAAGGAGAAUCCAGCACGGCCCCCUUUUUUUCUACUGAGUCUUCUCUGAAUUUGCCUGUUCUUGAAGUCGGCAGAACUGAAAAUCCGACCUUCUCUUCAACUACGCUUCCCAGACCUGGGGACCCCGGGGCUCCUCCUUUGCCACCAGAGCUGCAGUUAGAAGGAGGAGGAACUUGUGGAAACUCUAGUGAGAUGUUUCUUCCCUUGAGAUCACGUGCUGUUUCCCAUCAAUGACAGUUUACAGCCUUUUAAUCUUUCUUAAUAAUGACAAAAAAUAUUUGAAAGGAUAUCAAUCUUUUUAUAAAAUUGCUAUAAUGACAACAUUUGAUAUAUGUCUUUUAAAAAGCAAUGGAAGCAUACUUUGUAAGUAGACUUUUUUAGGACAAAAGAAGCAUACUUUUAGAUAGCUAAAGAAAAUCAUGUUGAUCAUGUAAUUUUCAGUGUUUUCUUUGCAUUUUUGAGGUAUGGAGUGUUUUCACAUUUUUUAUGUUUUAAGACUAACUUUAAUAGGGAACAUUUCUCUCUUUAAGAAUAGUCUGAGGUUGGGUAUAAUGUCUCAGUGCAUUUGUACUGGAAUUUUCAGUCUAAUAGUCCUUUCCAACAUACAGCAGUACAUUUUCAGAUUAAGCUACACCUAUAUGGUAAUAAAGCCAAGCACUGACAGGAAAAUUGCCAGUGUACUGAAAAGAAUCUCCCACUCUCUUGAGCUUAGAGACACUUACAGAGUCCCCUUCUGAUGCGGAGGAACAUCUAAGGGAGUUUGAGCCACCUAAGAUCUCAAUUUGCCAAAAUACAUUUCCUAUUAACCUUACUAAUUAAUACUAUUUUCUUAGGAUUUUCAUAAUCUUUGCUUAUCAUUUUCAUUCCUACAGAAAAAUCUCGGCAAAAGCCUGCGAUUGCGUGUAAUUUGGUGAGAUUUUAAAAAUAUUUUUCUGUACUUUUCAUUCUCUUUUAAUGAGGACCACUAUACAAGUUGAAAUAACUAGGACAAAAUGUUGUGUGUGUCUAUCUGUGUACCAGUUCUGUCUUCAAUACUGUCUGGAACCAGUGGAUCAUUAGCCUGACUUGUGUUUUUGUUAUAACAAAGUUUGACUAAUUUUACACCUUUAUAAAUUUUAUGCUGUCGUUGUUUUUAUUUAAGUUAUAAUUCUGCCUAUUUCCUGAUAUAUUCUCAUACAUUUCCAUUACUUUUAAAAAGCAGAGGUGGAAAUAUGCUGUUAACAAUAAGAGUUUUUCAAUGUAGUGCUAUUUUGGGGGGAAGUUUCAGGUAUUUCAAUAGGAAGUAAAUACCUAAAAUACUUUUCUUAUAUGUACCAAUUUUUAUAGAAACAUUACUUCAAGUUGUGAGAUCAAGUUGCAUUUCUGGAUAGACUGAUGCAUUUGUCAGUCACGAAGAAGAUUGACAUAUUCUUUAGAUAAAUUUUUUUCAAACCUGGAUGUUUUUUAUAGUGUAACAUUUUCUAAAGAUUAUGGGAAGCAUGUUUCACCUUCAGCGAGGCAUAAGAAAAUAGUGGCAUUACAUUUAAAGAAGUCUCGUUAAAAAGCAGAAGCAGGCUUUUCAUUUCAUUAAUUAAAAUUUGAUAUGUGGUUACUUGAAGUAGAAUUUACUCAGAAUCAAAAAGAAUUUAGAUAUGCUGUAUCACCUACAUUUAUAGUUUAUAACACUGAGUUUUCUUUCAGACUGUUAACUAUACAGACAAUAAAAUUAAGGUUUUAAUAAACUUAGCCUUUUGGGUUUUCUGAAUCUUA